UUUCUUGUCAACAAAGAAGGAAUCAGGGAGUUCACCUCCUGGGCUUUUCUCUUGGACAUUUUUCAGUAUUAUAGUGUGAGGGCAAUAAAGGGAGGUUCAUUGAGAGAGGCAAGACAAACAUGGUAAGAGCCUUUCAGAAAUGUCUUUUUAGUACAGAGAAAGAAAGAAGAAAUCAGGAAAAGACUCUCCUGCCAAACCACAAAGAAGACAGUUUAUCAAGGAGUGCUAGUUUCUUUAGCAUUGGUGGGGAAUUGCCAGAGCAGUGGUGGGGAUUGACAGAGCAGUGCCCAAAGGAUGAGAGACCUUCCUUCCCUCAAGCAACUGGGCUCAGCUGAGGGUUCUGUCUGGUUCCGAAGAGCAAGACAGUUAUAAGAAGCCACACCCUUCUGCAGUACACAAUGGUGUUUUCUGGCUAAUCCUCCAAUAAUAUUACAGUUACUUUCAAUGGUUAAUGAAUAGCUUCUAAGUGCCUGCUUCAUUUAAUUGUCCAAAGGCCAGUUGGUCCCAGAGCGUAUAAAGCCACGUGCUGGCUAAUGAGCAUUCUCUCUGAGCAAGGGAAGCAGGGAAGUGGCAGGGUCAGGGCUCUGGGUUCCAACGGAGCAGGGAUGCGUAACAACACUGGCCUCGUUCUCUGCGUCCUUGCCCUCCUGACAGGCUUCCUGAUAAUCUGCCUGGGGGCCUUCUACAUUUCCUCUGGCUCCAUAUUCAACUGUCGAGGGAAUCUGAUCCUGGCCUAUUUGCUUCUGCCUCUGGGGUUUGUGAUACUGCUGAGUGGAAUUUUCUGGACCACCUACCGCCAGGCCAGUGAAAGCAAAGGGAUGUUCAGCCAUGUGUUCAGACAACACCUUGCUCGUGGGACCCCAGCCCUGGCCACAGUGGACAGGCCAGAUUUUUACCCUCCUGCUUAUGAAGAGAGUCUUGAUCCUGAAAAGCAAACCUGUCCUGCAGAAGGAGAGUCCAUGGAUGUGCCUCCACCUCUGUACACAGAGAUGGACCUUGAACUUGAGGAUGACAGAGGUGCUCACCGAGAAGCCCCACCAUCCUACGACGAGUCCGUAGCAGAUGCGGUGGCAGCAGCGUCAUCACAGGAUGCUGAGAGACAGAGCUGA